AUGAUCAUCGAGGAGGCGGAAAAGAAAUCUGAUCCAGAGGUUUUGCCUCCAGCGGCAGCAACGAGCGCCAACAAUGGUCAUGGUCAAAAUCAAUUUUCUCCCGGAACGCAGGCGUCUUUUCCCAAUCCCAACGGCGCCAAUGCCGAACUCUUAGCUGCAGCUACAGCUCUCCUUGCCAAUAACCCUCUUCUCGCAGCUCAACUCCAACAGCAACAACAGCAGCAACAGUUGUUGCUUCAACAGCAGGCGGCUGCGGCGCUGUUGCAAGCAACGACCCACAAUCUCAUCCCACAGCAUCUGCAAGCCGGUGCUUUGGCGGCGUCCUUGAAUGGCACACCUGGGUAUCAACCAGCCUUGAUUCCACCCCCAGCCCUUGCAAGCCUUGCUCAUCAGAUUCCUCUGUCAUUGCCUCAACAGCAGCAGCUUCAGCAAGCACUGUCUCCAGCGGGCUUCUCAUUGCCAACCAUGACUGUCCAAGAUGUCCCAUGCUCUACUCCCGUUUACAAUGGCGUGAAUCCAAAGUAUCCAGGCCUUCGAGUGUUGAAUGCCAACCCUCCCGUCUUUGCCGUGGACAACUUUUUGACUCCUCUGGAAUGUCAGUUCCUAGUCGCUGUGGCAGCCGACUCCUUUGGGCCUGCUCCUGUGGUCGGCAAGGGAGCGGGCGAAGUGUCGCCCAGUCGUACCAGCUCCACUUGCUAUCUCUCCCGCGAGGACCUUCCAGACUUGAUGCGCAAGGUCUCGGUGUUGACAGGAAAACCCAUUGAACAUUGCGAGCUUCCUCAAGUGGGUCGCUAUUUGCCGUCUCAACAGUAUUUGCAACAUUUUGAUGCCUUUGACACUAGCAAUGAAGAUGGACGGCGAUUCGCAGCCAAUGGCGGUCAACGUACAAUCACUGUGCUCAUAUACCUCAAUGAUGUUCUUCGUGGCGGUGCUACUCGUUUUCCCGCCUUGAACUUGGAUGUCCAGCCACGCCAAGGAAUGGCUCUCAUCUUUUUUCCCGCCACGAUUGAUGGAUACCUGGACAAAAUGGCGCUUCAUGCUGCCAUGCCGGCUGUCGACACCAAGUACGUGUCUCAGGUUUGGAUUCGCCAACACCAAUACAACGGCCAGCCUAGCAAGCGUUUGGCGCAGAUCAUGGGGCGACCUUUGGGAGCCUAUGAAAGUAUGCGACCAGUCAAGGCUCACGAGGCCGAAGGUAUCGUACCGGCCAGUGCCUUUUAG